UCAUUAUAUUCACUACUCUCUUUUUAGGUCAUACAUACCCAUGGAGUCUGCUAAUCUCCAGCAUCAGCUUCAAGAACUAUUCGUUGGAUAUUCCUCUUUGGUAUCAGCACCAAGAACAGCUCCCAUCACUCAUGAAUGCAGUCCCAACAUCAUUUUGGAUGGAGAUUCCUACAAUAACCAUUAUUUGGUGGAUCAAAGCAUACCAUGUUCAAGGGAGAAUGAGAAUGAGAAUCCAUGGUUUAAUUUCUCAUCAACUUACCAACAAGAACAGCCCAAUGAACAGCAGCUUUCAACUCUUUAUUCUUCUCUUCAAUCCCCUGCAAGCUAUGGAGGUUUCCAAGGGCUAUCAGCUGGAUCCAACCCCAAUUAUUACAGGAAUAGCAGUACUUCAACGUUGGAUUUGUUGUCUUCUUCAUCAUUUUCAAGCUCCAUGGGCUACAAUUUACAGGCUGCUCAUCGUCAUAUGGAUUUUCUCUCAAAUUAUUCAAGUGGGUUUAACAAAAACAGAGCGGUAUUUGGCUAUGCUCAUCAGAAUCAUCAUGAACAUGUGCAAGAUUCAAUGAAUAAUAACAACAGCCCAUCAAACAGCUCCAACAAAGCUUCAUCAGUGAGUGUUGGAAGAGCAAAGAGACCAGCUAACAGUUUGUCUGUGCCUAAAAAGUGCAGUAAUAAUCCAGAAUCGAAGAAAUCCUGCUCCUCCUCCAGAUCUUCAUGCCCACCAUUAAAGGUGAGAAAAGAGAAAUUGGGAGACAGGAUUUCAGCACUUCAAAGGCUGGUUGCACCUUUUGGUAAGACUGAUACUUCCUCAGUUCUAACCGAAGCAAUAGGCUACAUUCAGUUUCUUCAUGACCAAGUCGAGACUUUAAGCAUGCCAUAUUUGGCGUCUUCUCAGAGCAAACCCUACCAAAAACAGCAGCAGCCUGGUUUGAUCGAGGAGGAUGGAACAAAACCACGGCAGGAUCUUAGAAGCAGAGGGCUAUGCCUAAUGCCUCUUUCCUGCGCAUCAUUCAUUCAUGGGUUCGAUUGAGAGAGAGAGAUAGAGAACAACCCAUUGCAUGAUGAAAGAAAGAAAGAAAGACCACAAUUCUUGAUGAGAAUUUAAUGGGGUUUUUCUUGUUGCUGUGCUCGUUGUAUAGCCUGUUCCAGUUCAGUUUAAGAAAGAAGAACAAGUGUCAAUAAUGGUUGUUUGGUGGAGUGAGUGAGAUCAGUUUCAAAUAAUAUAAGCUUUUUGAUUGUAUUUCCCAUUU